AAUACCAUCAAUGAUAUGUUUCUAUGCAUAAGUGAUGUUCGACUAAAAGUGUCUUCUAUUGGAUCGAUUUGGGGUGAAUUAGAGUGAAUAUGUACGGGUUGAAAUGAAAAAGAGGAAAAAUGAAAGAAGGGAAUUUUCAGCGCCCAAGCCACCUAGACUCGGUGCCUGGAGCGCCAAAGGCAGAAGAGAGAAGCAGAAGCAGGUUCCACCACCCAGCUUGGUGAGCCGUGGUGGAAUGAGCGCCAAAAGCAAUAGACACAUUUUUUCACCACUUGGGUCACCGAUCGGCGGUGCCAGGGCGUCAAAGUCCUGAAUUUUUCCGGUCGCAAAAAGGAAAAGGUUUCCUUAGUCCUACAUAUUCCUAACCAGUAUAAAUGAUUUUCUAAACCUAAUUUGAGGGGGGUACGACAUAUUAGGGGCACAUGAGGUUUUGUCUCGUGUGAUGGGCAUUUUAUUUUUAAAAAGUUCAGGGGUAACAUGUCCCUUGCUAAUAUAAAAAGUGACAUUGGUUCGGUAUAUUUUAGGGGUACUUAUGCCAUUUUAUUCCCAAAGAAAUGGUUAGAGUUUUGAUUCAAAGUGCACUACUUUGUCAAAAAUAGGGACUAUUAGUGCUCCAGCUGAACGAAAAUGGAUGAUUUUGAGCCUAAGCCUAAAGAUGGUGGACUUUUUUUUUAAACUUUUUCUCAAAUAUUUUUUCUUAGAAAUUCCACAAUUUGUCGUUCAUUGAAAAACCUUCCUCUUCCAUUCGAAAUUUGUUGGAGCCUGUUUCUUUGCUUGGCGAGCUGGUAGCCUCUUCGCCAAUGGCGUCUUCCAACGUGAUGUCUCGAUUAUUUCUCGUUUACAAUCCCUCACUUCUCUCAAACUCAACGCGAAAGCCUCACUUUCAGCAUCAUUUCUGAAAUCAAAUGCCCAAUCCUCCGUGAGACGCAUUUCUCGGAUUUCAAGGUUAUCUGUGGAACUGAGCUGUGUAGAAACAAUGGUGCCGUUGCACUCUGCUAUAGCUUCUGUUCCCUUGAGGUAGAGCUUGUCAAUUGAAUCUCGCACCUGGAGUUUAGUUCCUCAAGGCAUGUCACUGCCUUUAUGACUCCACCUUUUGAGACAAUGCUGCCUUGGUGGUUUAAGUUCAAUAGGAAUUUAGGUUACUAGCUCUUGUUGGACUUAAAAGGAGGAUGAGAUCAAUGAGAAAAAGAUAGCAGACAUCUUAUCCUCGGAAAGAGCUAGGGGCACGAAAGUAAAUUAAAGAGUUCAACUUCAACAUCCUAAUAUAAUAAGCUGAAAUCCGACAUUGAUAUUAAGCUUCGCUAACGGCCACACAUGGCCUCUACCUCCUACAUCACCUUCAAAUCCCUUCAACAAACUCAACUCUAUUACUUCACUCACUGCAGUAAGCAUUCUUUCAAGUUUCACUCUUCUUCUCAUACUCUCCUUUCUCCACCAACUAAAUACACACCAAGAAUUUUGCCCUCCAUUCAAGUUAAAGCACAUGUCACUCACUUGGAAACAAGAUUGUCCGUUGAACCAGAGCAAGAAAUAUCAGGCAAUAGAAAACAUAGUAGAACUAAUAAUGAAAAUAGUUCUGGGUUUUCUUCCUUUAGUCCCAAAGAUAAGAUGGUUGGCAUGAAAUCUUCAAGAGAAAAUUUAGGUGGGAAAACAGUCAUUCUAAAAGACAGAAAUGCAAAGAGUGGAUUAAAACCUAAAAGAAGUAGAGAAUUGGGUUCUAAUAAGUCCAAGACUGAAACUUUUGAGAAAAAAGUUAGAAAAGAUGGUGGUAAUCGGGAAAACAUGGAAAAGGGGUCAAAGAAGAGUAAAAUUGAUUCAACAUUUAAGAUUGGGUUGGAUAUGUGUUCAAAGAGAGGGGAUGUACUUGGUGCAAUUAGGCUGUAUGAGUUGGCAUUGCAAGAAGGAAUAGCAAUGGGACAGUAUCACUAUGCUGUUCUUCUCUAUCUUUGUGCUUCUGCAGCUACUGGUGUUGUUCAGCCAGCAAAAAGUGGAAGUGGUAGUAAUAGAACUUUGAAUUCUGUUGACUUGCCCAAGGGAACAUGCUCUAGCACUUCUGUGAAAAUCAAAGCUUCAAACAAUGGCAGAGUAACAAACUUGACUAAUAUGUUGAGCUUAUCUUCAGAUAGUCACUGUCAAACUUUAGAUGAAUUGGUGCAAUUGUUCAAGAGCAGUGCAGAAGCUUCUAAUACAAUAAGUGAUCAUGGAAUUAAAGUGAGUGAAGAUGUGAAAAACUAUGCACUUAAAUAUGGUUUUGAGAUAUAUGAGAAGAUGCGGUCAGAGAAGGUACAAAUGAAUGAAGCAACCCUUACAUCUGUUGCAAGAAUGGCAAUGGCAUUGGGAAAUGGUGACAUGGCAUUUGAUGUGGUAAGGCUAAUUAAAGAAUACGGAAUAAACCCGAGGCUGCGAUCUUAUGGUCCUGCCUUAUCUGUUUUCUGCAACAAUGGGGAUGUUGACAAGGCAUUUAUGGUUGAAGAGCACAUGUUGGAGCAUGGUGUCUAUCCAGAGGAACCCGAACUGGAGGCACUUUUAAAAGUAAGUGUAGAAGCUGGUAGGAGUGAUAAGGUGUACUAUUUGUUGCAUAAGCUUCGAGAAGGAGUUCGACAAGUCUCACCUUCUACUGCAGAUUUGAUUGAGAAGUGGUUCAACAGCAAGAUAGCUUCAAGGGUUGGGAAAAGAAAAUGGGAUGAAAGAUCCAUACGCGAACCUAUUAAAAAUGGAGGUGGUGGGUGGCAUGGACAAGGCUGGUUGGGUAGUGGUAAAUGGACUGUAUCACGCGCAUCUGUUGACUCUGACGGCUGCUGCAAAUGCUGUGGUGAGAAGUUGGUGACCAUUGAUCUUGAUCCUGUAGAAACUGAAAAUUUUGCCAAGUCAGUUGCUUCUAUAGCUGCGGAGAGAGAGAGAAAUUCAAGCUUCCAGAAAUUUCAAAAAUGGCUUGACUAUUAUGGACCCUUUGAAGCUAUUGUUGAUGGAGCAAAUGUUGGCCUUUACAGCCAAAGAAAUUUUAGGCCAUCUAAGGUCAAUGCUAUUGUCAACGGAAUUCGCCAGAUGCUUCCUUCGAAAAAGUGGCCGCUGAUAGUUUUGCAUAAUAGACGUAUUACUGGAGAUAAGAUGGAUGAACCAUUCAAUAGAGCUUUAAUUGACAAGUGGAAAAAUGCUGAUGCAAUCUAUGCAACACCUACAGGCUCCAAUGAUGAUUGGUACUGGCUGUAUGCAGCUAUAAAAUUUAAGUGCUUAAUUGUGACGAAUGAUGAAAUGAGGGACCAUUUGUUUCAACUUCUGGGAAAUGACUUUUUCCCAAAGUGGAAAGAACGGCAUCAGGUGCAUUUCAGUUUCUCUGAAACAGGUCCAGUACUUCACAUGCCGCCUCCGUGUUCUGUUGUAAUUCAGGAGUCAGAAAAAGGCUACUGGCAUGUACCAAUUGUCUCACAACAAGAAUCUGAAGAAGAAAGGACGUGGUUGUGCAUUAGACGUGCUAAUUCACCUUUGGCAAAGCAAGAGUCUUCCAGCGUAGACAUAUCCAAAAAUGUUGGUGAUUCCACUCACAAAUGUACUUCUGAAUUGCACUCACCUCACCACAAGGAAGAUUCAAAGUCAAGCACGAGAAGGAAAAAUCAAGUUAAGGUGACAGGAAAAAUGCAUGGCAGCCAUGAUCGAAAUAAGGAGGCACCUGAAGAGAUAUAUAGAAGUCUUAAAAAUAUUUUACAACCGUCAAUAUCUGCAGAUCAUCAUUCAAUUCUUGCAGUACUGGAGGCUGCAGAGGAGCAAGGAAGUGGCAUGAUUGAUUUCCAAAUAUAAUCUUUUACUCUGGACUUUGGACCUUUUUGACACAAGAUAGUGCAAGGCAACCUAGCUAGAUUUGCUUUUGUCGCUUUUGGGCUACUGCAGCCUCCAAUCUAUGGAAGAGUUUCUAGUUGUUAGGUAUACCACAUACUUGAACAGAUCUGCCAUCUAGAUUAAUUAGAUAGGAAUUCCUGCCUUGCUGGGGAAUUGGCAAGAAAAGAAAUGGGAAGGCAAGGCUCGUCUUGGCUCUUGUGAUAACAGCACUUUGUACAAUUUUUGGCUACAUUAAUAAUAGUCGUUAACAUAAUCUUUAUGGUGAAUAAUUUUCU